AUGAUUGUCUUGGGUUUUGAAAGGAGUCUUAUGUGGCUUGUAUCUAGUGGAAGGAGUCUCUCUUGA